GACAGUACGUUUGUAUGUGCAAUGUGUCCUGUCUUUCUCUCACUCUCUCCCUCUCUCUCAGGUUGGUCAUCAGCCUCCCUGAGUAUCAGUCCCGACAGAUCUCAGUUCCUUGAAUAUAAGUCUGUUUCUCUGAGCUGUGAGGUUCAGGUGAGUUCUGCUGGAUGGAGACUGAAGAGGUACACAGUGACUGGAGUCGACUGGGGGUUCAAUCACGGUUCCAACUACGUCAUCAAGACAGCCAAAACAUCAGACAGUGGAGUGUACUGGUGUGAGUCUCGGUCUGGACAACGCAGCAAUGCUAUCAACAUCACAGUACACGGUGGUGCUGUGAUCCUGGAGAGCCCCGCCCUUCCUGUAACUGAAGGAGAUUCUGUGACUCUGCGCUGCAGACAUGAAGACAAGAAAACGAAGGACACGUCCUCAAACUUCACAGCUGAUUUCUACAAAGAUGGAUCCCUCAUCAGGACUGAGACGACAGGACAGAUGACCAUCCCUGCAGUAUCCAAGUCAGAUGAAGGGCUCUACAAGUGUAACAACUCUGAAGGAGAAUCACCAGCGAGCUGGAUGACUGUGACAGGUGAGUAAAAUAAAAUCACAGAAUUAUAAUGUAUAUUUUUUUUAAUCGUAUAUUUCUUAUUUUGGUUUAGUUAAUAUAAAUGUGAAG